UGCUACAUUAUAUGUCUAACACUAGCCACCAGCGGCUUUUUUUCGGUGUCUGGAAAUAUUUCACUGUAAUUAUAUUAACUAAAAUAAGUGGAAAAAUAUAUUGCAAUUGAAUUCAGUUUUUCAUUCGUAACAACUGCAAAUGUUUGUGUAUACUGUUUAAAGCAAUUGAGCGAACAUAAAUAAGGCGAGCAAAAACAAAAGCCAAGAAAACAUCGAUUGUGAGAGUGUGUGUGUGUGUGUAUAGGAAGGCGACGCCAACGCCACUAAAAAGCCGAACAGAGAGCGCGCGCAACUGAGGGAGAGAAAUAUAUACAGGAUCUUUUGUAUUCGAGAUAUAGAAUUUAAAUUAAAAUGGAGGAAGUUGCUGUAAAAAAACGCGGACGACCACCAAAGUCGGCUAAUGCCGCUGCUAUAAAAGCUGCAAAUAUUGAUAGUCCUGUUGAGGCGGCUGCCACAAUCCCGAAAAAACGUGGUAGACCGGCCAAGGCCAAGCCGGCUCCUGGCCAGCCGCAACGUGGACGACCGCCCAAAAAUGCGAUUGUCAAUGCUGAUUCGCCAUCAGCUUCCGAUGGUGGUGAAGAGGAGGAUUCUGGCCGGUCUAACGGAAAUGCAUUGUCACCUGCUGUGGGUAAAGCGGCUGCAGCACCUAAGGGGCGUGGACGUCCAAGGGCCGAUGGAGGGGGUGAGUCGAAACCGUCUAAGGCGUCAGCAUCGUCGUCCAAACGGCGCAAGUUAGGACGUCCAAAGAAGCAUCAACCCAGUGAUGAUGAUGAUGAAGAUCAAAGCGACAACGAUGAUCCUUACGAUGAUGACGAGGAGGAGCGUCGUCCUAUCGGUCGUCCCCCUGCGGGAGGCGUCAAUUUGAAUAUCGUGCGUACGGGACGCGGUCAAGGACGGCCCCCCAAGAAGACCGUUGUCGAGAAGCGGACACCAGUAGCUGCAGACGAAUGGAAUGGAUCUGAUGGACCACCACCUAAGAAACGUGGUCGACCGGCAUCGGGUAAGCCAGCCUAUGUCCCAUCUGGAAGACCACGCGGUCGCCCAAAGGCAAAUCUUCGGCUGCAUGUCGAGGAGGACGAUGAUGACGAUGCAGACGAGGACGACGAUGCUACUGCUGGCAUUGAUGGCAAUGACGAUGAUGCAGAUGGCGAGGAUUCGCAGGUGGAGCAAGAACAAGCAGCUAGUGGCGGUGUUUCAGCAGGGCCCACACCCAAGAAACGUGGCCGCCCAUCUUUGCCCAGUAAAUCGGUUGGAAGUGACGAUGCAGCUGCUGAUUCGUCAGCUACACCAGAUGGCAGCGUUGCUUCACCCAAAAAGCGAGGACGUCCACCGAGCAGUGGCGGGUCUCGAGGACGACCACCGAAGCAAAACCAGGAGUCCAGCAGCAGCGGCGGAUCCAAUAAAGCCGAUGCAGAUGGUGAUGGUGAUGGUGAUGGCGAUGCCGACGAUGAAAAUAAAGAUGAAACUGAGGAUGCUGCAUCCAAAUCGGAUGAGGGCGACGCACCGAAAUCCAUUGGCGAAGCUGCAGACGAGACAGCUGACUCCGUUGAAUAUGUAUCCGAUGCAUUGGAAUCGUCAACUGCCUAGUUGGCUGGAUGAAUGUCUUUGUGUCUCAAUCUAUGACAUCUAAAUGUUAGAUAUUUAAGUCACAAUUUAUCAAGAAAAAGAACAAGAAAUGAAACAAAAAACUGAAAAAAGCGAAUAAAAUAUGAAUAACCUUAAUAAGCACAAACGCAACCAACCCCCACCCCCACCCCCUUUACAAACGACAAUUUAUCAUUUAAAAAUACAAAACGAAUUAUUCCAAAAGCGACAAAUCCAAUCAAAAACAUUCAAUAAAAAUGUUUAAAAUUAUACAAUUCAUUUUUAUGUAAAUCUUUCGUCAUAACUCAAUGUACAACUUAAAGAUUCCAAAAAAAAAAACAAUUUUAACUUUAUUUCAUGUGAACAUGAUUUUUCCUAUAAUUUUUCAAUGAAUAAAAUUACACAUAUAUAGAAUAUUAGAAUACAA